AGAGUUUCUUAAUAGGUGCGCAAUGGAUUCGAAUCAUACCACAUGCUCAUCAAACACGGUGUUGUAUAUAUCUUCUAAAUUGAACUAGCUAGGAUCUCAAAAUAGAUCACAUUGCUAGAAUAAUAUAUUGUUCAAAUACAAAUAUCCAUUGUAUCACCAAAAUCAGUUAAAGUUAAUUUGGCAAUUAUGUCAAGCUAUUCGUCUUAUUCUGAAUCAGAUGAAGAGCCUUCAAUCCCAAAACGAUUGUUUGGCCGUCAAAGAAACAUGCACCAGAUCCUCGGAGGGGGUAAAGUUGCGGACAUACUAAUGUGGGAAAACAAGAAUUUAUCAGCAGCAAUCUUGAUCGGAGUCACAGUGAUAUGGUUCCUUUUUGAAGUGGCUGAAUACAAUUUCAUCACCCUUCUCUGUCACACCUCCAUCAUGGUUAUGAUAAUUAUGUUCCUCUGGUCCACUUUGGCAGCAUUCUUUGAUUGGAGUAAUCCUCCAGAUUUCAGGGACAUAACAAUUCCUGAGGAAAAAUUCAGAUGGCUGUUCGGCAAAGUCAAUUGGUGGUUGUUGAAAUUGUAUGACAUUUCAUCUGGAAAAGAUUUUAGAACAUUUUUCCUGGUAACAAUACAUUUCUAUCAUAUUCGGCUCUCAAUAAAUAUCACCAAACCUUCUUUCGUCGGUUUUAAUGGAAUUCUCCCCUCUUCAGGCAAUCACAUUUCUUUGGGUACUGUCUGUCACUGGUAGCAAUUUCAGUUCUUUGAACUUGUUGUACCUUGGUUUCCUGAGCUUGAUGACUUUACCAGCAUUUUAUGAGCAUUACGAAGAUGAAGUAAAUCACCUUGCAACCCAAGGAAGACGAGACCUGAAGAAAUUGUACAGGAAAUUUGAUGCCACAGUCCUCAGCAAGAUUCCAAGAGGACCAGUGAGAUCAAAGAAAACCAGAUUCUUGUUCUGAAACUAAACGAUCCAAGCAAUAAUAAUCCUUAUUGCAUUGGUGAAUUAAUGUACAGAAAAAAUUCCGAAAAACUUUAGCAAGAUUCCAAGAGGGCCAUUGAAAGAAAAAGAAGAAGAGAUUCUGUAUUCCCUCGUUACAAGAAACUCAAAAUUCUACAUUGUAUCUCUGAUUCAUGUACGAAUUCUGUUUCUUCUUACGUGUUCCGGAGAAAUCAAAGUUAUAAUUGCGAUUGGAAUAAUAUAAGAAAUCCAGCAAUUUACGCCAUUCUUAAAAAGAGGCCACAGAUUGAAUCAGUGGUUUUAAUCGUAUAUGGUGCAACUUGUAAGUGUGAAGAUGUGGAAUUAUAAUGUUAUUUCCCAAAAGGUCAGAAAAUGUUGGCAAG